AUGUGGUCGGUGGUGGGUUUAGUGAGACGUACGGCUAUGUCCGCAACGGUGAGUAAAGCUUCUCCGGUUAGGACUUUGCUUGGUGGGUAUAGGUGUCUCAACGUUGAAUCUAAGGAAGAUGAUGAGAAAAAGGUGGAUAUGACUGUUUCUGAAGCUAAGAAGCUAAUGAGAUUAGUGAAUGUUGAAGAUAUGAAGAAGAAGCUUAUUGGUAUGGGUGAUAAAGAGAUGGUUACUUACAGUACACUCAUUGAAGCUUCUCAAGGUUUAGGUAUCGCUAGAUCUCUUGAUGAAGCUCAUGCUUUUGCUCGUGUUCUUGAUGAUGCUGGUGUGAUUUUGAUUUUUCGUGAUAAAGUCUAUCUUCAUCCUGAUAAG